CCACCCAAUUAACGGCAACCAGAAGGACUUGCGAGUAGAACGAGAGGAAGAGGAAGAGGAAGAAGAGGAGAUUUUGGGGUGGGGGGGAGAAGAAGAAGAAAAAGAAGAAGAAGAAGAAGAAGAAGAAGAAGGGGAAAAAAAAGGGAAGACCUCCCUGCAGGACAAAUAAUGUCGAUGAGCCCCAAGCAUACGACCCCCUUUUCCGUGUCCGACAUCCUGAGUCCGCUGGAGGAGAGCUACAAGAAGGCGGCCGCCGCCGCCGCCGCUAUGGAGGCCGGCGGCGGAGGCUACCGGCAGCUGCAGGGGACCCCCCAGGCGGCCAUGCAGCAGCACCACCACCACCACCAUCACCACCACAUGGGUCCCGGUGCCGGCGGCGGGGGCGGCGGCGGGGGCGGGGGCGCCGGGGGGGGGUCGUACCACAUGAGCGCCGCCGGAGUGCCGCAGCUGUCCCACGGCUACUGCAACGGAAGCAUGCCCGGCGCCGGCGACCUGCACGCGGCGUCCUACCAGGCGGCGGAGGGCGUCAGGGCCGCCGGCUGGUACGGAGCCGGUCCCGCCGCCGCUGCCGCCGCCGCCGCCGCCGCCGCCGACCCCCGGUUCUCCACCAUUUCCCGCUUCAUGGGCUCGUCGUCGGGCAUGAACAUGGGCGCCAUGGGAGCCAUGGGCGGCAUGGGCGGCAUGGGCGGCACGGGCGCCAUGGGAGGCAUGGGCGGCCUGGGCUCCCUGGCGGAGGCCCACGCCAAGGCGGGCAUGCACGGCUCGCUGAGCUCGGCGCCGCGGCGCAAACGGCGCGUCCUCUUCUCGCAGGCGCAAGUGUACGAACUGGAGCGCCGCUUCAAGCAGCAGAAGUACCUGUCGGCCCCCGAACGCGAACACCUGGCCAGCAUGAUCCACCUGACGCCCACGCAGGUGAAAAUCUGGUUCCAGAACCACCGCUACAAGAUGAAGCGGCAAGCCAAGGACAAGGUGUCCCAGCAGCAGAUGCAGCACCAGGAGGGGGGGUCGUGCAGCCAGCAGCAGCAGCAGCAGCAGCAGCAGCAGUCCCCCCGCAGGGUGGCGAUUCCGGUUCUGGUCAAGGACGGAAAGCCGUGUCAAGGCAGCGGACCCGCCGCGGCGCAACAGCACCACCAACACCAACACCAACACCACCCGCACCAGCAGCAUCAGCACCAGCAGCAGCAGCAGCAGCAAGCCGCCAACGUCAUGCUCAUGUCCGGCCCGCAGCAGCAGCAGCAGGUGGGGGGCAGCGCCGGCCACUCCCCGGACCUGCAGGGGGGGCCUCCGCUCUCGGCCAGCCCCCCCGCGCUCCUCCACAGCCAAGUGGCCGGACUGUCGCACCUCAACUCGCCCGCCGCGGGGACCGAGUACGGAUCGGCGUUGCAGUGCUCGGCGCUCUUGUACGGCAGGACGUGGUGACCGGCGCAAACAGGCGCAGAAAACGUAACAAACUACGACAUUUUCAACGAAAAAUAAUAACAUUUUGGGGACUUGAGGUGGACGCCACCCCCCACCCCAUACAACGCAAUUCGUGGGAUUCAUUCAGGAAAAAGUCCUUUCAACAUCUUCAUCGGUCGCACGUCAUUCAAAUGUGUUUAUUGUUUGGGAUUUGGGAGGCGGAGAGGGGGAAAUGACGUCACAUUUGAAUCGCGUGCAACUGGCGUUCAUGAACAAAUUCAGUAAGCCUUCACUUUUUUCCCCCCCCCCCUGCAUGAACUCUCGCCCAUGUAAAAAAAAACAAAACAAAAAAAAAACGCUCUAUUGUACAGUUUUUUUUCUUCUGUUGUUGUUUUGUUUGGUAUUUGUACGUUUAUAUGUAACUUAUAAUAGAUAUUUGACUUACCAUAAAAAAACAGUCCUAUUAAUAAAUUAUGGAAAGGUAAUCCCCCCUCAUUUGUGGAAUAUAUUAUGCUGACAAACUGGGCCUUGAAAUAUUUAGAAUGAAAACAAGCAAAUACAAUAAAAUACAGUACAAUAAAACAUAAGAAUACAUCAAAUGGUAACAAAUUUUUUUUAGUGUCAAAAUGACAAAUAUAAGACGUAUUUCUUUUAUCAGUCUUCUAAUUAAUAGAACUGGUUUUAUUUGUAUUUUGUUCUGCUCCAUAAAACAGUCCUUUAAUAUAGAUCUAUUUAUUAAAAUUGUAUUAGUUCUAUUUUUAAUGAAGACAAAUGUAAUAUUUUCCAUUUA